AUGACAACCUCAGAGAUGAUGUCGACCACGAACGAGGGCACUCUGCAACAGCGCCUCUCGACCUUGACCAUGGUCGCCAUGGCCUUUGCCAUCCUCAACACAUGGAUCGCACUCGCAGGCUCCAUCGCUUAUAUCCUACCGUCUGGCGGCUCGGUUUCCUUCAUAUACGGCUUCGUCUUCUGCGUUAUCUGCAAUCUGGCCCUUGCUGCCAGUCUUGGAGAGCUCGCCGCGAUAUGGCCUACAGCUGGAGGACAAUACCACUUCAUGUACGCCCUGUGCACACCACGAUGGAAACGCUCCAUGAGCUUCUUCGUAGGGUGGACAAACAUUGCCGGGUGGUUGACUAUUGUGACUACUCAAGCCUUCUUUGCUGCCCAAUUGGUCUCUGCAGCGGCAGUCGUGGCCUCGAACAACGCUUACGAGGCUACUGCGUGGAAAACAUAUCUAUUCUUCAUCGCCAUCCUCUCCUUUGGAACAGCAGGGAAUAUCUGGGGGAACAGAAUCCUAGGUCGAUGGAAUGACCUUGCCUUGUAUUGGUCCGUUCUGGCCGUCGUCAUCAUCAGCAUCAUUCUACUUUCCAUGUCACCAAAGACAGAUGCCCGACAGGUUUUCACAGAGUUCAGCAACGAAACCGGCUGGCCAGACGGAGUUGCCUGGAUCCUCGGCCUACUCCAAUCUGCUCUGUCACUUAUUGGGUUCGACGUUGUUCUGCAUCUUACCGAAGAGAUGCCUAACCCGUCGCGAGAUGCACCACGAGCCAUGAUGUUGGCGAUUGUUAUUGGUGGUGUCACUGGGCUAGUCUUCAUCCUGGUGCUUCUCUUCUGUUUAACAGACCCAGCGACAAUCCUAGCAACUUCCACCGGGAUGCCCAUCGUGGAAUUAUUCCUGCAGAGCACAAAGAGUCGCGCAGCUGCGACCAUCUUGGCACUUAUGCUCAGCAUCUGCUUCAUCAACGGUACCUCAGCCAGUAUCACCAGCGCCAGUAGACUGCUCUACGCCAUGGCCAGAGACAACGGUAUCAUAUGCCACAGAUACUUUUCUCAUAUUUCGCCAAAACUUAACGUCCCAGUUAGGACGAUCAUGCUCUGCUACGGCUUCAAUAUUUUGUUCGGGCUUUUAUACCUGGGGCCUACUGUGGCAUUUAGCGCUUACAUCGCCUCGUGCACCAUAUUCCUAAACGUCUCAUAUGCUGGGCCUGUUGUUGCUCUGCUCGUGAGAGGACGAGGUAUUCUCAAGGAGUAUCAAACAAGAACGACACCUGCAAGGAUGGGUUUGAGGACAGGUGCAGUUGCCAAUGUCGUUUCGGCCGCAUUCGUGGUUGUCAUCACUGUUUUCUUCUGCUUCCCUGCCGGCCUCCCGGUCUCUGCCAACACAAUGAAUUACGUCUCCGCGGUUGUUGGUGGAUUCUAUCUCCUUCUUGUUAUAUACUGGGUUGCCCUUGGCAAGAAUUUCCAAGGCCCUAACUUCGAAGCGAUUAUUGGACAGCCUUUACAGAUGAAGGUGGGAAAUGAUACGGAUACGGUGCAGGAGAAGGUUGAUUUGGCAACGAAGAGUCAGGCUUGA